CCCCCGUCCGUGAAAGGGGGCGCGCAGGGCCGAGUGAGAGGCACAACGCCGCUCGGAGCUAGCGGAUGAAGGCUCCGGCGAAAACGAAAUUCCGCCAAUUUUAUUAGAAAAUAAAAUAAAUCUACAUUUAAUAAAUAAAAAUAUACAACACAUUCGCCCCCCCCCCUCUCUCUCUCCCUCCCCCCCCACAUUUUUAAACCGACGGAUACAUUUAUUUAUUUAAUUUUUUCUCUCUCUUAAGGAUUUGAUUUUUUUUUAAUCCAGGGUAGCAUCCGAGAGUUGGCGAUCAAAGGAGCGGAGGACAAUCGAACGAACAAUCGAUCGACCGGUGGAAUUACGGAUCGAUAUUUCGAAUCUCGUUGGAAAGUAGGCAACUAUUAUUUUCGGUAAAUUUCUUUUGAUAUUAUUAUUACUUUCGUUGUUUAAAUAUGUAUACUCAUGAAUAAAUUAAACAUAAAUAAUCCCAGCAGUGGAAUUAUUGGACUUUGAAAUUUAAAAUUUUGCUCCGUAACAUUUAUAAUUUUGGCAUAUUUUAAAACGAUAAAUUACUAAUAUUAUUACAUCACUACCACUAUUACUACCAUCACGGGCAGCUGCAGCUGCGUCCUUGACACACAGACACACACACGUGUGUUCCAGUGUACGUGUACACACGAACGCGCACGUGUGUACACGUAACGAGUGUGUUGUUACGCCCGGCAAGUUAGUAGCGGUGGCGUAUACAUGCAUGUCUGUAGAUGCACGUAUGCAUGGCUACUACAACAUCUAACAUUUACUCGGGCUACAACCUGAUCGGCUCAACCUCGGAAGAUCAACAUCACAGUUCAGUGUUAGUACAACAGGGACUAGCGUACAGGCCCAUCACCAAGAUCCUACCGAGUGGAGGCUGCGUUGGACUUUUUGCUGCUGACACUGCUCUUACAGCAGCAGCAGCAUCGUCCGAUUUGGUCGUGGAUUUCACGAAGGGACAAGCACAGCUCGUAUUUGCACCGGGACACGGAAUGCAACAUCAUAGUCAGCAGCAGCAGCAUCAGCAGCAGCAGCAGCAUCAGCAUCAGCAGCAUCAUCAGCAUCCGGUUUGGGAUGCGGCUGCAAUGGUAGCGGCAACGUUGGGACAGCAGCAGCAGCAGCAUCAUCAGCAACAACAACAUCAGCAGCAGCCGCCUCACCAUCAGCAUCACCAUCAGCAGCACGAGAUGGAGAGGCUGUCUUGGACCUCAAACACCAAGGCAGGGAUCGUCGAAGCAUCUCCACCGAUCUCGUGGUCGACUUCGAACGGGCGACGUGAAGGGAAAGCGGGCGAUCACGAGCAUCACCACCAACAUCAUCAUCAUCAGCAGCAGCAACAGCACCACCAGCAUCAGCAGCAUUGGUCUUCGAUCAGCAGGGAUGUUAAGAUGCCCUUGGCCACAGCUGAUGAUCUCCAGCGAUCGUCAUCGGCUGGACCACAGCAACAACCACCGCCGCCUCCAACCCCAUCGUCAUCGUCGUCUUCAUCGUCAUCAGCCGCGUCGUCUGCCGCUCUGGGCGUUGGUGGAGCAGGUCCUUCGUCGUCAUCGUCAUCGUCCUCCUCGUCAUCAUCGUCCUCGUCAUCAUCAGCUGGCGGUGGCGGCGGCGGUGGUGGUGGUGGUCCAGUGGGUGACACGUGGAUCAACUCUGCACCAAGCCCUGUCAGCAGUCCGGAUGUCAAGCCAUGCGUGGAGGAGCUAUCAAGUAGCUUGGCAGCUGCAGCUGCAGCAGCAGCAGCAGCAUCAGCAGCAUCAUCAUCAGCAGCAUCAGCAACGACCAAUCUCCACCACCAGCGCGUCACAGUGAGCGCUUUACUCCAACACCACCAUCACCAACAACAACAUCAACAACAUCAGCAGCAGCAGCAGCACUCGCCACACGAGCACCACUCGUGGGACAGCUCGGGACAUCAUCAGCAUCAUCAUCAGCACGCACACGCGACGCCUCUCUCGCCCAUAGCUGCUGCUAGCGGUGGUGGUGGUGGAGGUGGUGGAGGUGGUGGUGGUGGUGGUGUUGGUGGUGUUCCUCUGCCUCACCCCGCCUUACAGGUGUACGCUCACCCUGGAUUCAUUCCGGCUGCGGUAGCGGCCGCGGUUGUGUCCGGAUCAUCAACAACAUCGCCCACCUCGUCACCCACCAACCACCACCAUCAACAACAACAACAACAUCAUCACCAAACACCGCGACAUAUCCACCCGUCCAUCCACGCAGCGCAUCAUCAUCCGCACCACCUCCACCAUCAGCAGCAGCAGCAGCAUCUCCAUCAGCAGCAACAUCAGCAUCAGCCUAUCCAUCAGCAGCAGCAACAGCAUCAUCAUCAGCAACAGCAUCACCACCUCCAGCAGCAGCAGCAGCAUCAUCAGCAGCAGCAGUUGCAGCUGGCAGGCCCCGUUGUGGCACUCCUGCGAGAUCCUCUGAUUCACAAUGACGGCUCCAUGUCAGUGGUGGAUGGUGGUGGACUAUCGUCAUUAUCAUCAUUAUCAUCAUCAUUAUCAUCAGCAGCGGCGGCGGCUGCUGCUGCUGCAACAUCAGCGGCAGUAGCCGCCGGCACCAUCAACUCGACGUCCAGCAACCCCCUGUCAACAACCUCCUCCUCCUCCACCUCCUCCACGUCUCUGCUGUUGCUACACCCGAGCGGGAUGUUGGAUGCGAGAGACGGCGGCGGCGGCGGCUGCGGCGGCGGCGGCGGCGGCGCGUCGGACGACGAGACUCCCAGCUCGGACGAUCUCGAGAUGUUCGCCAAGCAGUUCAAGCAGCGGCGCAUCAAGCUGGGCUUCACGCAGGCCGACGUGGGCCUGGCGCUGGGCACCCUUUACGGCAACGUCUUCUCGCAGACCACCAUCUGCCGCUUCGAGGCGCUGCAGCUGAGCUUCAAGAACAUGUGCAAGCUCAAGCCGCUGCUCAACAAGUGGCUCGAGGAGGCGGACUCGGCCACGGGAAGCCCCAGCAGCAUCGACAAGAUCGCUGCGCAGGGCCGCAAGAGGAAGAAACGGACGUCGAUCGAGGUGACGGUGAAGGGCGCACUGGAGAAUCACUUCCUCAAGUGUCCCAAGCCCGCCGCGCAGGAGAUAACAGCGCUGGCGGACAGCCUGCAGCUGGAGAAGGAGGUGGUGCGCGUUUGGUUCUGCAACAGGAGGCAGAAGGAGAAGAGAAUGACGCCCCCUCUGAGCCUCACGCCCGGUGGGGAGGAGAAUGGAUCCGUGGUUGGUGGUGGUGGCGGCGGUGGUGGCGGUGGUGGAGGUGGUGGUGGCGGUGGUGGUGGCAGUAAUGGAGGAGGAGGUGGUGGUGGCGGUGGUUACCAAGAAAUUGGAAGUCCUGAAUCAAACCACGGACGGCAUCAACACCACCACCACCACCAUCAACAACAUCAGCAGCAGCAGCAGCAUCAUCAUCAUCAGCAGCAUCAUCAACUGCAUCACCACCCGGUGAUGUGUCCAGAAACGAUACCGUCGUCGUGAGAUGAGUCGACGAUGGGACGACGACGAGGAGGAGGAGGAGAAGCGGAGUGGGGAUUUGUAUAGACACCGUCCGUGCGGUUUGGUUGUUCGUGGCGUCUGCGCGAUGUGGGACUCGAUGGGGUCUAAGGAGAAAAUUGAUGGCAUUCGGGGAUCAUUGGACUUUUACUGCAAUGGCGUGGAUCGGGUGUUUGUGUGUGUGUGUAGUUUUUAGGGUGUGCGCGUGUGUGUGUGUCUUUGUAUUGUGUGUGUGUAGUGUAGUUUUGUAGUGUGUGUGUGUGUUUUAUGAGUGUCGUUUUUAAGUGUGUAUGCGCGCGUAUGUGCGUGUAAGAGAUGUGAAGUGUCUGUGUGUCUGUACGUAUGUAUGUCUGAGUGUGUUUGUACGUGUGUCUUGUAUGUGUGUGUGUCUGUAUGUAUGUGUGUCUGUACGUGUGUGUGUGUGUGUUGUCUG